UUGCACUCUGGGGUCAGGCGUGGCAAACAAGCGACUCUGAAGUGCAGAGCAGGCGCCGGCAACUCCCCAAAGUGGAAAGCAGGCCGUGUCUCAGGGACUACGCGACUGCCACUCCCGCCGAGGGCCGGGCACUGGGCACCGGCGAAGAAAGCCCCGCGGUGACCAGCCCCCAGAACUGAGAGUGGAGCGUUGCGGGGCGGAACGCCGAGCUCGGGCCUCGCGGCUACCACCGGACUCAGUUUACUAGCGCACCAGGGGCUCCCGGCAGGCGGCGCAGCCUCUCCCCCGCGACCCCGGGCUGUUCCGCGAGCAGGAGACGGCACCAGCAGAAGGAAUAAGGGGGCUGGAGCCUCCCUUCCUCCUCUGGAGCUUCCCCUCCGGCGGGACAACCCCAAACCGCAGCGCAGGCUCCCGCUUUUCUCCUUAGGAGACGCUUAGAGGGCGAGACGACCGCCGUAGGAGGGAGCGGCUGCCAGGCCCUCACGCCGCGCAGGUACAGAUCGAGGACUUGAGCGAGAGCCGCCACAGGUCUUCCUCCACGCCGGAGGAGGACGCCGGGUUCCGGGCGAGCAGAGGUGGGAGAUUAGCAGCAGUUCCUGGCCUUCCGAGAGACAGCUUGAUUUGAAUAAUUCAGCUCUCUUCUAUUGCUUCAGAUGGGCAGCUCUCCAAAAAAGCAUAAACAAUUGAAGGAUGGAUACCGUUGCAUAUUUUAAAAGCGUGUUGAAAGGAAAAUAAGAAAGCCAGGAUAUCUCAGUAUGAAUCAGUCUAGAUCUAGAUCAGAUGAUGAUGGUGCAGAAACCUCAUCUGAAGACCAUAAUCAUCAUGAAAGUGAGAGAAGAUGGCAGCAAGAGCGUCUCCACAGAGAAGAAGCCUAUUAUCGGUUUAUUAAUGAACUCAAUGAUGAAGAUUAUCGGUUGAUGAGAGACCAUAAUCUUUUGGGCACCCCUGGAGAAAUAACAUCAGAAGAACUACAGCAGCGGUUAGAUGGAGUCAAGGAACAACUAGCAUCUCAGCCGGACUUGAGAAUUAGGGAAGAUGGGACCAAUAACAGAGAUUUAGAAGUCCCUGGGGAAAGCUCAGAUGAAGAGUCUCUGUUAGAAUGGUUGAACACCUUUCGCCGUACUGGAAAUGCAACUCGAACUGGACAGAAUGGGAACCAAACUUGGAGAGCUGUGAGUCGAACAAACCCCAACAGUGGAGAGUUUCGAUUUAGUUUGGAAAUCCACAUAAAUCAUGAGAAUAGAGGAUUUGAAAUUCAUGGAGAAGAUUAUAUGAGCAUUCCACUCUCAGAUAUUACCAGAGAUCAUACUAGAAAUAGGAAUCAAAGAUCAAACAGUCCUGUGGCUAGUCGAACAAGAAGCCAAACCUCAGUGAAUUUCAGUGGUAGUAGUUCUAACAUUCCAAGGACUAGGCUUGGUUCAAGGGGACAGAAUUCAGUAGAAGUAUCUUUCUCUGCAUUGGGAAGAUUAAGAAAUGGAAUUGGGGGAUCAGUUGACGUCCCUAGAACUGAAGCUCCACAUGCUAAUUUCAGUGGUCACACAAACCAAUCAGGUGGUAGUGAACUCAGGCAAAGGGAGGGGCAACGAUUUGGUGCAGCACAUGUUUGGGAAAAUGGGGCUGGAACUAAUGUUACAGUGAGGAACACAAACCAAAGAUUAGAGCCAAUAAGAUUACGGUCUUCCUUCAGUAGUCGAAGCCGGUCACCAAUUCAGAGACAGAGCAGCACUGUUUAUCAUAAUUCACGGAGGGAAAGUAGACCUUCACAGCGAACUAUUAGAAGGUCUGUUAGGAGGAGAGGGGUGACGCAUGUGUUUUUAGAGCAAGAUAGAGAACCCAGAAGUACUACACAUACCCCAUUCUCUAAUUCAAGACUUGUGUCAAGAAUAACAGUGGAAGAAGGAGAAGAAUCUAGUAGGUCCUCAGCUGCUGUACAACGACAUCCAACUAUUACACUGGACCUUCAAGUAAGAAGGAUUCACCCUGGAGAAAAUAGAGAUCGGGAUAGUAUUGCAAAUAGAACUCGAUCCAGAGCAGGACUAGCAGAAAAUACAGUCACUAUUGAAAGCAAUACUGGGGGCUUUCGCAGAACUAUUUCUCGUUUAGAGCGGUCAGGUAUUCGAACCUACGUUAGCACCAUAACAGUGCCUCUUCGUAGAAUUUCUGAGAAUGAGCUUGUUGAGCCAUCAUCAGUGGCUCUUCGGUCAAUUUUAAGGCAGAUCAUGACCGGGUUUGGAGAACUGAGUUCUCUAAUGGAGGCCGAAUCCGAGUCAGAGGUUCAGAGAAGUGGUCAGCACUUAGCAGAGAUGCACUCAGAAUCGAUUAACGUAGGUACAGGUCAUGAUAGCAGCCCGCACAGCGAAGGCUCCUCUCGAGACAGGCAGGCUCAAGAUGAUGGCACUGAAAUGCCUGGUGCAGAGGAGACCCACCAGUCUCAUGCCCCACACAGUGAAAACAGAGGUGGCAGGCAGGUGAGAAAUGCAAACAAUUUAGUUGAAACAGGGACACUCCCGAUUCUUCGCCUUGCUCACUUCUUUUUACUAAAUGAGAGCGAUGAUGAUGACCGCAUACGGGGUUUAACCAAAGAGCAGAUUGACAAUCUUUCCACCCGGAACUAUGAGCAUAGCAGUAUCGAUAGUGAACUUAAUAAAAUCUGCAGUGUUUGUAUCAGUGACUAUGUAACUGGAAACAAACUCAGGCAAUUACCUUGCAUGCAUGAAUUCCACAUACACUGUAUUGAUCGAUGGCUCUCCGAGAAUUGUACUUGUCCCAUUUGUCGGCAACCUGUUCUGGGGUUCGGUACAGCAAACAAUGGGUGAGGUGAUGGGAUUUGUCCAGGUUCUGCAUUGUGGUAGAGCUGAGUAUCCAAACAUUCUUUUGUUGAUUUAUUUGUGAUAAGCUAACCAGGAUGAAAACUAACAGAUUAUAGUUUGAACUAUUUUUUGUGUGCUUUUUUAACUUGUUAAAAGAGGAAAUUUAUAUAAAAUUUAAAAUGCAAAUGUUAAAUUAUCCAAAAAUACAGAGCACUUAUAUUGCUAGAACCAAAUAACCUUUAAGAUGUUUUUAUUUUGGUAAUUUUGUCAUGCUAAGCACUUUUGUAUCUGCGAAAUUCUGUAGGUUAAAAAUCAAUCUUCUUUUUCUUAAUAGUACAGCAGAGUUUACUUGGACUUUAAAGUUUCAUAGGCUCACUACUAUGUCCUGACAUUGAUGUCUAAAUAAGUCUCUCAUUAACUUUUUAUUAUAAGGAAAAUAUCUUUUCAUGAAAGACUAUUUGGCCGGGUGUUUGCUACAUGUAUUUAAGUUACUUGAAUUGUUAAUUUUUAAUAUGCAGCAUACCAUAUGUGUAUAUAUAGAUAUAUAAUUUUAAGGUUAAAAUAGUCAAUCUGAAAAUUGUCAGUUUGGUUCUUAUUUAAGCUUUUUGGCUAUUUCUGCAUAUGGCACAAUGUUUAUUAUUAACAAGAUCAUCUCAGAGGAAGUGCAUUAAGAUGUCAUUUAAAAAUAGAGAUAAUUUACUGAAGCGUCUCUGACAAUCUGAUUAAUAGACAGCAAGCAAUAUAUAAUAUUGAACAAAUAUUUCUUUAUUCACAAGUAUAAAAUGGAAAUUUUAGAACAUAUAGGUUAUUUAACUGAGCUUACUCUUUUUUUGUGAUUUCUUUGAAAAUGCAAAAAUUCCUUGGAUUAUUAAGUAAGAUAUACAAUAUGCAUGGUUUCUUGAAUUUAGUUUAAACAUUUUUUAAAUGUCUAUAAAGAAUCAAAUGCAUAGAUAAUAUGUUAAGUUUACUUGGAGGCCAAAAAAAAAAAGCAAACCAGAAACAACUUCAAAUACAACAAAAUACAAAGCCCUUUAAGAGAAUGUAGACUUUAUAUAUAAACACAAAGUAUGCACUGACAAUCUAUUUCUACCAAUAAAUACUAGAACAAA